UUUACACUGACAACCAAGCUAUUUUUAAACAGUGCUGGUCGAGAAACUUAAAUGUAUUUUGUUUUUUAGAUUUUCUUUGGUGUUAUUUUGUAUUUUAUUUUGGCAUCUUACUUUCUAACUGUUUGGGGGAUGUUAAGGCAUGUUUCCAAUGCCUAUACAACCUGAAUAAAAGCCUUUUGAUAAUAGUUGAUAGCAUAAAGAUAUGUAUACGAAGGUCAGGAUGCUAUUCAAAGAAACAUUUGUACCUUAAGAUUGUAAAAAAGUAAACUUUAAACCCCAGUCGACGUGUCCUCUUUGUGUUUCGACGUAAAUAACUGUUGACGUAAAGUGGGCGUUUCCUUAAUAUGCUUAAAGCGCGUGGCGGGACGCAGAAAACGUCGAAAACGUGUGUUUCGCUCGAGCAACAGAAACAUAUCGAGAUAUUAAUUUAAUUCGACAAUAAUCUCAUUUAUUUGAAUGAAUUAAUAAUCGUUAGUCACUAUAUUUGUUACUUUAACCACACACCCGUAACACAUGUCAUUGCUUUAGGCUUAACUUUUAUUUACGAUAGUCUGUGACAUCUGUUAUCUGAGAAUGAACUGGGUCGGCGGGGCAAGGAGUCGGUAUAUGAUGAGAGGUGACACCAAAAAGCAAAGGGAAUUCUUUGAGAAGAAGAAGAUGAACAGUAAGCUCCACAACCUGGGCAUCCCCGUCCCCACCUCGCACAAGGGCACCGGGUCAGGCAGUAUGGACCUGGUGACUCUGUUCAUAGUCAACCAGAUCGCGGCCAAGAAGGAAAUCAAAGACAAGCCUGUGGUGACGGUUCUGGGAGAUGGGAAAGGACGCAUGAAGAACCGACCGCUAGAGCUUCCCAUGAGCCCCGGCUCUCCCUCCCAGCUCAGCCUGUCUGAGAGUGAGCCCUAUUACAGUGUUCAGAGAGUGAAGCGGAGGAAACCCCUCAUGUCAGAUGCCUUCAGGUGUCAGCAGCUGUCCCCGGUGCUGGAGUCUAGCUUCUCCGACCACAAGUCCUCAGACCCGGUCAAGCGCCACGUCCCUCCCGGCCUCAGCCCCUCCUCCUUAGCCUGCUCUGCCUCCUCCAGACCUGGCCCUGGAGCAGUGUUUCCAAGGCGACCAGACCUCCAGCAUCGAAACCUGUCCCAACUCCAUCCCUGCACUCCGUCUCCUCCAGCAUGGACCACCUCGGACCUCCAGGACACACAGUUCCGUCCCUUCUCCCGACCCGGGCCUAUGAGGGACGUGACCCAGUGGUCCUCAGGAUCCAGCAUGCCCUGCUACCUCUCCGACCCCCAGUCGGUCUCCAGAGCCCUCUUCAGAAGCCCUCUCCUCCAGGAUGGCCUGGCCAGGGAUCAAGAAGGCUUCUCUAGUUUUCCAAUCAGCCAAUCAGAGGAUAGGCUGCCUCUGCUUGGCUUCACACUGGACCCAUCAGAGACAGAGGAGCCGUUUGAGGAAGAGCUUUUCAGUGGAUUUGGUGGGGAAGCUUCUAAUUUCCUGAGGUUGCAAUCAGAAAUUAAUCUGAUUGAGGACACACCGGCCGCUGUUUCAACCUUACAGAGCCCCAGAGAUCCACAGAGAGCUGACUGCAAGGACAAAACCAUAACACUGGCAGGCCCCUCAAACUUACAGUUUUGCUGCCCCCAAGUGGCCGUGAUGGACACAUUACAACAACACAAAGCAAGAUAAAACACCAGAAAUCAAAAUUUGGGUCCUUAAAUUAACACCGUUCUUCAGGGACUAUGUCUUAUUGGAUCUUCACAGAUGCUUAUUGGUUAUUAAAGUAAAU